AUGGGUUCCAACGUGGUCCAGCAACAAAUCCCUAGAUUAUCAAAAGAUAACUAUGGGUCGUGGUCUAUCCAAAUGAGAGCCUUGUUUGGGUUUCAAGAUUUGUGGGAAGUCAUAACUGAUGGAUUUACGGAACCCACCGAGGAGGAAGAAGCUGAAUACACAGCUAAUGAGAAGAAGGCUCUUAAGGAGCAGAGGAAAAAGGAUAAAAAUGUCUUGUUUUUACUCUAUCAAGGGUUGGACGAGCCUACCUUCGAGAAAGUUGCUGAAGCAACGACAAGUAAACAAGCAUGGGAGAUUCUAGCUUCCAUCUUCAAAGGAGAUGAACGGCUCGAUGGCAUCCGAGCCGUAGAAAAGGUACUUCGAUCCAUUUCCUCUAAAUUUGAGCAUGUAGUUGUAGCUAUCGAAGAGUCUAAGGACUUGGAGAAUCUUACAAUUGAGGAGUUGUUGGGUUCAUUACAAGUACAUGAGCAAAGGAUGCAGAAGAAUGCUAAUUCUGGUGUAUUAGAACAAGCACUAGAGUCAAAAUUGACUCUAAAUGAUCAAGGCAAAUUUAGCUCCAACCGUGGUCGUGGUAGAGGCUGGGGGCGUGGUAUUUCUCAACAGCCACGUCAAAGUCAGCAGGAGACUCAAAGCUUCAAAGAUAAUGAACAAGCCAAUGUUGCAGAAGCAAUAAAUGAGGUUCGUAGUGAUUCUAUUUUACUUCUCGCUCAUGAUGAUUCAAAUUUAAUAGAUGAGGUUUGGUACCUCGAUUCUGGCGCAAGUAAUCACAUGUGUGGGAAGAAAGAUCUUUUCAUAGAACUCACAGAAGGAGUUCACGGAAAUGUGAACUUGAGGGACUCCUCCAAACUAUCAGUUGAAGGCAAAGGGAAGAUAAAAAUUUGUCAAAAUGAUGGUAAGAAAGGGUACAUUUCUGAUGUAUAUUAUGUGCCUAAUAUGAAAAGCAAUAUUCUUAGCAUUGGGCAGCUGCUCGAGAAGGGGUACACCAUACAUAUGGAGAACUACACUCUCAUUUUGAGAGAUACACAUGGAGGUAGUGUGGCUCAUGUUCCAAUGGCUAAUAACCGCAUGUUCCCGUUACAUCUUAACAAAAAUCUGAGAAGUGCUUCUAUGGACUCAAGGAAAGUGAGUCAUGGAAGUGGCAUCUUCGGUUUGGUCAUCUACAUUUCAGCGGCCUAA